CCUCGCCUGGCCCAUUUUCUGUAGUUUUCAUCCAUUUCAUUUUGAUGCGCGUGAAUCGUAACGGGACAACAUGGCGACACAGACAGCCCGCUACUACAGCGAAGGCGGCAGAGCGACAAAACGCCAAAAAACUGAAAGCGAAGGGAGCAUGGCGGCCGAAUGCUAUACUGACCCACAUAAGACCCUUCCCUCUCUUGUGGUGCAUGUCAGAGGGUUAGUGGAUGGUGUUUUGGAGGCAGACAUUGUCGAAGCUCUGCAGGAGUUUGGAACCAUCAGUUAUGUUGUACUGAUGCCAAAGAAGCGUCAAGCCCUGGUUGAAUAUGAGGAUAUGAAUGGGUCCUGCAAUGCAGUUACUUACGCCAACGACAACCAGAUCUACAUUGCCGGACAUCCUGCGUUCGUAAACUACUCUACCAGUCAGAAGAUAUCCAGGCCAGGAGACGACGAUUCCCGCAGUGUUAAUAAUGUUUUGCUUCUCACAAUCAUGAAUCCUAUUUAUCCCAUUACCACGGAUGUUUUGUAUACUAUAUGCAACAACUGUGGUCCUGUUCAAAGAGUUGUCAUCUUUAGGAAGAAUGGUGUCCAGGCCAUGGUGGAGUUUGACUCGGUUCAGAGUGCCCAAAGGGCCAAGGCAUCACUCAAUGGGGCUGACAUAUACUCUGGCUGCUGUACUCUCAAAAUCGAGUAUGCCAAGCCAACACGUCUCAAUGUGUUCAAGAAUGACCAGGACACAUGGGACUACACAAAUCCGAACCUAGGCAACCAAGGUGCAGAUGCUGAUGGAAAUGGGGGCAUUCAAGAUAUGAAUGCCAACCCCAACAAGCGCCAGAGGCAGCCGGCUCUGCUGGGAGACCACCCUCCAGAGUAUGGUGGUUUUCAUGGAUAUCAAGACGAGAGUUACGGCGCACCCUAUGAGGGCAGGCGAAUGGGGCCGCCAAUUGCCGGUCCGAGACGUGGUGGAACCAGUCAGCGCUACGGCGGACAGUACGGCCCCCCUCCUCCACCCCCGGGUGAAUAUGGAGCACACGCAGACUCGCCAGUGAUCAUGGUGUAUGGCUUGGAUCCAUGUAAAAUAAAUGCAGACCGUGUCUUUAACAUCUUUUGCCUGUAUGGAAAUGUUGAACGGGUGAAAUUUAUGAAGAGCAAACCUGGUGCUGCAAUGGUGGAGAUGGGAGACUGUUAUGCUGUAGAUCGUGCCAUCUCUCACCUCAACAACAACUUCCUGUUCAAUCAAAAGCUCAACGUGUGUGUGUCCAAACAGCAGGCCAUCAUGCCUGGCCAGUCUUAUGAGCUGGAGGACGGGAGCAGCAGCUUCAAAGACUUUCAUGGCAGCCGAAAUAACCGCUUCAGUUCUCCAGAGCAGGCGGCUAAGAACCGAAUUCAGCACCCCAGCAACGUUCUUCACUUUUUCAAUGCAGCGCCUGAAGCUACACCAGAGGUCUUCACCAGGGUCUGUGAAGAACUUGAUGUCAAAUGCCCGUCAAAUGUCAAACUUUUUGCAGCAAAAGGUUCAUUGUCUGAGAGGAGUUCGUCUGGACUGCUGGAGUGGGAGUCUGUUAAUGAUGCUAUGGAGGCUCUUGCCAUGAUGAAUCAUUACCAGAUGAAGAACCCUAAUGGGCCAUACCCGUACACACUUAAGUUGUGCUUCUCUACUGCACAGCAUGCAAACUGAACAGCAUCUUUCAUCAUCAAUCCUGAUCCACUUCACUUUCUUGCUCCGUUUAUCGUCCUUUAUCGGCUCAUUUGUGCGAGUGGGUGUGCAGACGUGUUAAAUUUGUCCUUAUAUUGAGCCACAGCACAAGUUGAGAAUUAAACUGACUGAACUCGUCGAAUCGUUUUUAAGAGGAGAUUUGAAAUGCUUUUGUACCAGUAUUUUUUUGUUACCCUUUUUGUUCCUUUUUUAUUGCUUAGCAUAACUGACUGUUAGCUGUGUGCUCAGUACCUCACUUUUAGAAACAUCAACUUGUAAAGAAGAUCCAUUUCUUUUGAUUGUAAAAUAAAAUUAGUGACGAUGAGGUUUUGUGGUGGUUUGCUUUUGCGAGGGACAAUUGUGACUCGUGUUAACUGGAGUUCGGCCUUUGUUCAGUAGCUGCCUAAAUGUUACAGCCCAGUGUAUAUUUGAAAUCUGAAAAAUAAAGUAAUCAAUUUGAUAACCUGCUAAUAUUUUUCCAAAAAUGUCUCACCUUCCACUUGCUGAUACUUGCAAAUGAAGGUUAAGAGUUUGAUGUGAGAAAUGCUUGGUUUGUAAAAUGACUAGCAAUAAAAUUGGAUGUAUGCAGAGCAUAACAAAUUGAUAGAAUAAAGGGUUUAAUUUGGA